UUUCAUUCACCAAACUACAACAAUCUGCAUUUUUUUCUCUGUUUCUCUAAGCAAUAAAAAAGAUUAUAUCGGAGAAGAUUAAAUAUGGCAAAAUUAACACUAGUGCUGAUUUUACUCUGCAUUUCCUACUCGGCUUCGGCCGAUUUCUACCGCGAUGCGGAGAUCACAUGGGGCGAUGGUCGCGCCAAGAUUCUAGAAGGUGGCCGAGCAUUGUCUUUGUCCCUCGACAAUUACUCUGGCUCCGGUUUUCAAUCCAAGAACGAAUAUUUAUUCGGUAGAUUCGAUAUUCAGCUCAAGCUUGUCCCUGGAAAUUCUGCUGGCACCGUCACCACAUUCUUCUUGUCGUCGCAAGGAGCAGGGCACGACGAAAUCGACUUCGAAUUUCUAGGAAAUGCAACAGGAGAGCCGUACACAGUACAUACAAAUGUAUAUGCUAAAGGCAAAGGCGAUAAAGAACAACAGUUUCGUCUUUGGUUCGAUCCUUCUUCUGCUUACCACACUUACUCCAUCCUCUGGAAUCCUCAACGCAUCAUAUUCUUGGUGGACAAUAUUCCGAUAAGAGUGUUCAACAAUGAAGAAGCGAUAACCGGGACUCCGUUUCCGACGAGUCAACCAAUGAGAGUGUACUGCAGCUUGUGGAACGCAGACGAUUGGGCAACACAAGGCGGUCGGGUCAAAACUGAUUGGACUAAGGCUCCGUUUGUCGCUUCGUACAGGAAUUUCAACAUUAACGGAUGCGUUGCCGGGUCGCAAUGCGGGUCAGGGUCGGAUUCUAAUAUGAAGGCGGAGGGGGCUAAUAAUAAUAAUUGGAGAACGCAAGGACUAGAUGCAAAUGGAAGAAAUAGACUGAGAUGGGUUCAACAGAAAUAUAUAAUCUACAAUUACUGCUCUGAUUCUAAGAGGUUUCCUCAAGGAAUUCCUGCCGAAUGCAAGCGCUCCAGAUUCUGAAGAGCUUUACCACAUUAUCGAUUAUUUAUUUACUUAUUUAUAAUUAUGUAGGAAUUCUUUAUUCUUUAAUUCUUUAAUACAAAUUGUGAUAGCAAUCUGAAGAACUAGUGAUUAUUUAUCUGCCAAUUCAUUUGCAAAACAUUUGUUAGAAAUGAGAUUUUACAUCUAGUAUUUAUAAGCAAUCAAGUCAAAUUAAAAAAAAAAAUUAAUCGAGUCAGACAUGAAUCAAGUCA